AUGGCCAUUAGCUCAGGGUCCGCCGACGGUGCUGGCACCAACGGGGCGCACCAACAGCUGCAGUUCAGCGAUGAUGACUACGUCCCAGCGGCUGACGAGCAUGGCUACCGCAUCCUGGAGCAGCCCAUGGGGACCAAGCGAAAAAAGCCGGAGCUUCACAUUGAACGAGAAAACGAUUUCAUCAAGAAAUACGUCUACUUGAGGCACCAGCUCGAACUGGCCGAAUGGGACAGCCACGCUGGCGUGUGGAGAUUCAAGAUCAGGAACCUGGUGACGGACGAGGUGUUUGACGACGUCGCCGAGUUCUUCAUCAACGCUGGCGGAGUGCUGCACAAGUGGAAGUGGCCGGAUAUCCCUGGCCUUCAUGACUUCAAGGGAAAGCUGAUGCACAGCGCUAGCUACGAGGAAGGCUACGACCUCAGCGGGAAAAAGGUCGCCGUCAUAGGCUCUGGUAGUAGUGGUGUCCAGAUAGUUGCUGCUAUCACACCAAAGGUCAAGCAACUGUAUCACUGGGUUCGCAAUCCGAUAUGGAUCACUGCAGUUUUCGCUCAAACCUGGGCCGGUCCAGAUGGUGCAAACUUCGCAUAUAGCGACGAACAGCUCCGCUUUCUUGAGCAGAACCCAGACAAAUAUCUCAAGUACCGCAAACAGAUCGAGAACAAGUUGAACCAGCGCUUCAAGUUCAUCAUCAAAGGCUCUCCAGAAAGCAAAAUCGCUCGCGACUUCGCCCACGACCAAAUGGCCCGCAAGCUCUCCAAGCGCCCCGACCUAGCUUCCGCCAUAAUACCCAAAGACUUCAACCCCGGCUGCCGCCGCCCCACGCCCGCGCCCGGCUAUCUCGAAGCCCUCUCCGCCCCUCACGCCACCAUCUACACCAACCAGCUCCAGCAAAUCACCCCCACCGGCUUCACCGACCACACCGGCGCCCACCACACCGUCGACGCCAUCAUCUGCGCCACCGGCUUCGACACCACCUGGCUCCCCUCCUUCCCCUUCCGCGCCCACGGCCGCGACCUCCGCGACCUCUGGACCCGCCGCCGCCUCCGACCCCGAACCAGACGUGACAUCCCACCUCGCGAUCGGCAUCCCCACCUCCCCCAACCACUUCUCCUCCAGCGGGCCGUAGGUACGGGCCCCCUCGGCCACGGGAUAGCUUCAUGCCGCUCAUCGAACGCUGGACGCGCUACACUACACGCACCUCGCCAUCACGAAAGCGCAAACUGA